AUGAACGACUUUCCCAGCUCCAUUGGUUUCUACCAAGAGCCACGGGGUGCUGAAGAGGCUUCAGUCCACAGUGAUAUUGACGAGGUGAUUGACCCCAUCAGUGACGGCAAUGGCAUCGUCACGCAUGCUCCAAAGGAGGGCUUCCGACUAGGAUACUUCGACGUAGCCUGUCUAGUCAUCAACCGUAUGAUUGGAACUGGUAUCUUCAUGUCCCCACAAAGAGUAAUGCGAGGCACACGAAGUGUUGGUGCAACGCUACUCUUCUGGUUGGCCGGGAUAAUCUAUUGUCUUUGCGGAACUCAUGUGUACAUUGAGUAUGGCUUGAACGUGCCCAGAUAUCUGAUCAAUGGGCACGAUCACAGCGUCCCGCGAAGCGGUGGUGACCUCGUCUACUUACAAUACGUUUUCCGCAAGCCAGCCUACCGGAAGAACACUUUGCUCUUGUCGACUUGUAUAUUUGGCAUCAGCUUUAUCAUUCUGGGUAACAUGGCGGGCAACAGCAUUCACUUUUCCAUGCGACUUCUCGAAGCCGCUGGCAUAUCGGAACCAGGAAACGGCCUUGUUCGCGGCAUCGCCCUUGCCGUAGCUACAUUCUCUUGUGGAAUCCAUGCUUUCUCUAGGCGCGGGGGAAUCUUGCUCAACAAUAUCCUCGCAGUCGUCAAAAUCAUGAUCAUGCUUCUAAUCAUUGUAGCGACGAUUGUCGUUGGUGCAGGAGGAUUCCCAGGUGCCAAGAACGUCUUUGGUGAAAACACUUCACCCAAGAAUUCUUUCAAAAACGCGUCAAACGACGCCAACAGCUACGCGCAAGCGUUUCUCGCCAUCAUAUUCAGCUUCUCCGGCUUCGAGCAGCCCAACUAUGUCCUUGGGGAGAUUAGUAGGCCGAAGAAGAAGUUUCCUAUCGCCAUGGGUGCCGGUGUUGGCACCGUUGUGACGCUUUACCUUGCAGUGAAUAUUUGCUAUAUGGUCGUUGUCCCAAAAGAGGACCAAAUCAACGAAAAUGUUGCACAAAAGUUCUUCGAACUAACAUUUGGGACACUUGGCUCAGCUAGCGAUACCGGGGCCCGGAUCUUCAACGCCUUUCUUGCCAUCUCAUCCUUGGGUAACAUCAUCGUCAUGACAUACACAGCCGCCAGAGUUAAACAGGAGAUUGCGAAAGAAGGAAUGCUUCCGUGGCCUAAGUUCUUUGCACAAAACACGGAUAUGAGUAUCGGUCGUGUACUGCGCUGGUUCCAGAGGAAGGGAUGGUUCUCAUCGGUUCUUCGACUGAAGUGGCUUUCGCCAGAGCAUCACAGCGAGAAAACCCCCGUCGGAGCCUUGCUUCUCCAUUUCGUCAGCUGUACUAUCCUGAUAUUCGCGACCUACAAUAUGAGACCGAAAGAUGCCUACACCCUGCUUACAUCCCUGAGCGCCUAUGUCAUUAAUGCCUUCAUCGGGACAUUCUUGGGGCUGGGCAUUCUCAUCUUGCGGUUCCGCGGACCUCCGACUACCCUUAGCGACGACGACGCUUCGACAUUUGGGAAAAACCCGCCGCCGUUGCCGCGUACUUGGGCCGAGAUGACCGGAAAGCGUUUCCGUCCCUUUCUGUCCGUCUUUUGCGCAUUCGUAUACAUGUGCGGUGGGCUUUACCCGGUGAUCACCAACUGGGUUCCUCCUUCGAAGUACCUAUCUACGCAGCUGAAUCCCUGGUGGGUGAUUCCCACGGUCUCAUGGAUCAUCAUCGGUCUAGGGGUUGCUUGGUUCAUCGGCUUUGUUCUUGUCGCUCGUUAUAUCGAGAGGAAGGACCAUAGAGUAUUUGUGGUGGAGAAGAAGCCGGAAUUCGAGCAGGCAGAUAGAAGCGGCCGCGGCUCGACGGAAAUUGGGCCCGAUCUCAUACAGGUCCACGAGACUGUCUAUCUUAGCUGGGUUGGUAGGGAAGCGCUUCGUGCCCGGCGUCCGGUGUUUGACGACUCCAGACAAACUAAUGCCGACAUGAGGGAAACACCAGUGUCCCCUUUCGCCGCUACUGACUUUGCUGCAUUCAUGCAGCAAUCGCCAGGAAGAGAAGGGCAUUGGUGA